UGAAAAUUGCAAACAAUCUAAUUAACUGAGAACAUAAUUGAGUAUAUUCUUAGAAGACAAAAGUAUGUAUAUAUAGCCCUUCAUGGCACUCCAAAUAAGCCACAACCAAAUCUUCUUAUUUCAAAUUCAGAUUUAUCUUUUGCUCAGAAACAGUUAUGGAUCUUGCACUCUCAACAAUUCUAUCCGACUCGAGGGAUAUAAAAAAAUUCGUUGUAGAUGAAGGUCAUGGAGUUAAGGGUCUUUCUGACAUAGGCCUUCAAACACUACCCAAGCACUAUAUUCAACCUCCUCAAGAACAGAUCUCUACCAGCACUAUACUAACUGAGGAGUCCAUUCCUGUCAUUGACAUGUCGAAUUCGAAUGAACAAAUAGUAGCAGAUAUGAUAUGCAAUGCAGCAGAGAAAUGGGGUUUCUUCCAAAUUGUCAAUCAUGGGAUACCAAUGCAAGUGUUGGAGAAUGUGAAGAAUGCAACUCAUAAGUUCUAUGGAUUACCAGCUGAAGAGAAGAAGAAGUAUUCAAAAGGGGAAUCGCCUACAAAUAAUGUACGCUACGGUACAAGCUUUUCUCCUCAAGCAGAGAAGGCUCUGGAGUGGAAGGAUUGGCUUAGCUUCUUCUAUGUUUCUGAUGAAGAGGCUGCUGCAUUUUGGCCUUCCAUUUGCAGGGAUGAGGCAUUGGAAUACAGGAAGAAGUCUGAACAUGUUAUCAAGAAGCUGUUGGAGAUUUUAAUGAAAAGAUUAAAUAUAACUUGUAUUGAUGAAACCAAGGAAUCUCUUCUAAUGGGUUCAACGAGGAUUAACCUUAACUACUAUCCCAAAUGUCCAAAUCCCGAUCUCACAAUUGGUGUAGGGCGCCACUCAGAUGUUUCAACACUGACCAUUCUCCUACAAGAUGAAAUUGGAGGGCUUUAUGUGAGAAAACUAGACACUGAUUUUUGGAUCCAUGUCCCACCAAUCGAUGGAUCUCUCGUGAUUAACGUUGGUGAUCUUGUGAAAAGCCCUGUCACCAUAUGUGGUGAUAUUCGUGGGCAAGUCCAUGACCUUGCAAAGCUUUUUCGAUUUAGUGGAAAGUACUUCCUUCAUCUGCCUGUUGAGCAUAGGCCGCUUAUAGGAUGUGGGUGUGGAAAAUGUCUCUUUGAAUUAUUAAUACACCAAAAAGUUCUGGGUAGAAAAGAAAUUACCAAUGCAAUCAGCAAUAUAUUUAGAAAUGCAAAUAGUGGAUUAGAUGGAGACAAACAUGUAUCCUGUGAAGCAACAUAUAAACCUGACUAA